UUUUCAACUUCUAAUGUACAUGUAUUUCCGACAUGGCGUAUCCUUUUUCUGUGGAAUUGAAGAGGUCCUCUAAUUAACGGAACACUCAUUUCCCUAUCAUUUUUUACAAGAAAGUGUGGCAAAGUUCAUCCCACGAAUGUAAAACAUUUUCUCUCGAUUCACUUCACUGAUCUAUUUUUCUUUCAAUUUUUAACAAACAAAAAAGACGAAAGCGGCCGAACAGCUCUUCAUGAUGCUGCUGAGAAUGGUAAUUUGGCCGAAGUUAAAAAGCAAAUUGCGAAAGGAGCCAAAGUUGAUGUUAAAGACAAUUCAUGUCGGACACCUCUCCAUUUUGCUGCUAUGAAGGGUCAUAAGAAUAUCAUUGAUAUGCUCAUUACGAACGAAGCCGAAGUUGAUGCUGAAGACUUUUUUAAACAGACACCUCUCCAUUAUGCUGUUGAGAAUGGUCACAAGGAUAUCGUUAAAAGGCUAAUCGAAGAAAGAAUAACCAAUGUUGAUUUUGGAGAUAGGAAUAAUCAGACACCUCUCCAUUUUGCUGCUAUUAAGGGUUAUAAGGACAUCAUUGAUAUGCUCAUCACGAAAGGAGCCAAAGUUGAUGUUCAAGACUUUUUAAAUCAGACACCUCUCCAUUAUGCUGCUAUUAAGGGUCACAAGGAUAUCGUUAAGAAGCUAAUCACGAACGGAGCCAAAGUUAAUGUUAAAGACUAUUUUAAUAAGACACCUCUCCAUUAUGCUGUUGAGAAGGGCCAUAACGACAUCAUUAAUAUGCUCAUCAUGGGCGGAGCCAAAGUUGAUGUUUAAAUCAGACACUUCUCCAUUAUGCUGCUAUUAAGGGUCACAAGUGUUAAGAAAAGGAGAAUAUCCAAUUACAAUUGUCGUGUACUGUUUGCAAUCUUCACUACAUUAAAUCAGUUGCCUUUUGUCGUUGAAACUAAACGGUCGUCUUUUCUUUAUUAUUCUUUAUUCCCUUUCGCAGUGUGUGUCCAGCAAUGGACAAUACACAAAAAGUGA